AUGGCACCUUCCAGGGGCUCAUCCGCAAUACCAUCAGCAGCCCACAGCCACCAUUCAACCAGCGACGACAUAGCCGUCCACCAACAAUCCAACUCCGCCCUAAUCAACGCCCGCCGCAACUUCAACUACCUCGUCAACCCAACCACCUCCCCAACAACCGACCGCCCAACCCGCCUCCGCACCCGCGCCCUCCUCCGCACCCUCCGCUAUCUCACCCAGUUCAUCUUCUGGCGGAUCAUCCGCUACGCCAAAUACGCCGCCUACGGCGCCAUAGCCGCAGCCGUCUCAGCAACCGCGAUCGGGACGUUCGUGUCAGGCGUAGGAUGGGUGUUGGCGCCGCCGAGUUUCGGAGCGAGUAUUAUUGCAAUGAGUGUGUGGGGGACGGGGAAGUUUGUGGCGAGGAGGUUGCAUAGGAGGUGGCAAACGACGGGGAAGGAUGCUGGGGAGGAGAGGAGGGAGAGAGUUGCUGAUUUGAGUGGGGAGGAGGAGGUAGUUAGGCAGGCGGGGAGAGGGUUGGGAUCUGAUACUGGGCCAGAGGCUGUACCUUGGUAA